CUAGCAGGCUACCCACGCAGCUCUAGCUACCUAGCUUGGCUACAGACUGGCCUACCUACCUACUGCUGCUUUUUUGGAGCUGCAAUAAAUAAAUCAUCAAAAAAACGCUGCAAUGCAGUGGGGGUCGCCUUCUUGUUCCUGUGGAUAGAAGAUUCUCCUUCCUCUCUCUCUCUGGAGGGAUUCUGAAGACAUCUUUCUGAUUUAGGGAUGGAUGAUGUAGGGACUUGUUCAUGCACUCGUGGAUAGAAGAUUCUCCUUCCUUCCUGGUUCCCUUUUUCUCUUUCUCUCGAGGGGUUUUUGAAGACAUCUUUCUAAUUUUAGGGAUGGAUGAUAUCUACAAAGGAGAGACUUGUUCCUGUAUCCGCUGAUUGAAGAUUCUACUUGCUUCCCUUUUCUCUCUUGUUUGAAAGGAAACAACAUCUUUCUGAUUUAGGGGAUGGAUGAUAUAUAACAAGGAGGGACUGAGUGAGUGAGUGAGCGAGGGAGGGAAAGUUUUUUUUUAAAAGGUGGGCGGGAACAAGAGGAAGAAGCAGCAAGGCGAAGUGUGUGAGUGACAGAGCAAAGAGAAGCUGUCAGAGAGAAAGAAAGACGGAAAAGGCCCGAGGGAGAUCAGAGGAAGAAAAAAAAAAACAAGUGACAGGCUGGACGAGGAGUGCAAGAAGGGACACCGAAAAGGGAGGAAGAGGGGAGUGGAAACGAGGGAGAAUUUGAAUGUGUGAGACAGACGUGGACUGAAGCCAUCGUCGGCUCAUGGUCUUAGAGCGGGGGAGAGGAGGAGGAGAAAACGAGAGGGAAGGGGAGAGCUGGGCAGCAGUUGUUCCUCUAGAUCAGACCAUGAUGGGGCUGUACUACCAAGCAAUGCUACCGGGCGCUCAGGAUUCGACAGGAGGACAGGAGGGAUUGGUGGCCCCUCCUUUCGCAGCGUUCCCCCCUCCCCCCCCUCCUCAGAACGGGCUGCCAGGCGCAGAGUUUGUCCCCGCGGCCAUGUUCGCUGCCGGGGUCCAAAGCCCAGCAGAGGUGGGGGCCGGGGCCAUCGUAGGCAGCCCCUCUGCCUCCCCCAACAACAACAACGGUAAGACGGAGGAGGUGUCUCAGGGUGAGGCGGGGGUGCAGUGUGGAUCAGGAGAUUCAGGCGGAUCUGUGGGAGACCCCUCGGAGGCCAAAGGGACCCCCAAACGCCUCCACGUCUCAAACAUCCCUUUCCGCUUCCGGGACCCCGACCUCAGGCAGAUGUUUGGGCAAUACGGGAAGAUUCUGGAUGUAGAGAUUAUUUUCAAUGAGAGGGGCUCAAAGGGUUUCGGCUUCGUGACGUUUGAGACCGGCGUGGACGCAGAGAGAGCCCGGGAAAAGCUCCACGGCACGUUGGUGGAAGGUCGUAAGAUUGAGGUGAACAAUGCCACAGCCCGGGUGAUGACCAACAAGAAAAUGGUCAGCCCGUUUCCUAACGGAGAGGCGGCCCUGAGCGCGCUGCCCUACGGCAACGCGGGGUGGAAAUUGAGUCCUAUGAUGGGAGCCAUGUACGCACCUGAGAUCUACGCAGUCCCAGGGUUCCCCUACUCUUCAGCAGCGGCAGCAGCCACCACAGCAGCAGCAGCGUUUCGCGGGGCUCACCUGAGAGGCCGCGGCCGACCUGUCUACAGCGCUGUGCGAGCCGCCGUGCCUCAACCCGCCAUGCCUACAUACCCUGGUGUGGUGUAUCAGGAUGGGUUUUACGGCGCUGCAGACUUAUAUGGAGGUUAUCCUGCUGCUGCUGCCGCGGCCGCCGCCUACCGCUACGCCCAGCCGGCCGCCGUAACCGGGGCAACCGCUGCAGCCGCCGCCUACAGUGACAGUUACGGUCGAGUGUACACUACAGACCCGUACCACGGUUUAAAUCCAGCCGCCGCUGCUUAUGGAGUCGGAGCAAUGGACAUUGCACUCACAUUGCAAGCCAGUUUAUACCGGGCAGGAUACAGUAGGUUUGCUCCGUACUAAAAAAAAAAAUAAAAAAAACACAAAUCACAUCCGAGGAAUUUCACAUCGCUCCCAAAAAAAACCCUUUUUCCAGCUCUUUGUUUGGCAGCAGCUCCCCUCCACUCUCCUGCAGGCGGACAAUAGUGACAACUCAUGUGUUUUUUUUUGUCAUUUUGUGGCGACAGAGGUCAUUGUGCCACAUCAUCAAACUCUCUGUCCUGGAAAAACAAACCUGCCACGAAAAAAAAACAACAACCCUGCGACUUUGAACUACAGGGCGUGAUUUCGGACGUUUUUUUACUACACUACGGGACCUGGAAAGAGUGAGACUUCACAUCUUUUUCCCUCUCUGACAGUAUAUCCAACAUCCCUAUAGGAGCUCAUAUAUCCACACUUUAAGCAUACGGUAUCUUCUACAUUUCAACAAGACGCUACUCUAAAAGGUACUCUUACGUUAAAGCCCCCUGUUGUGCAGCAGAGAAGAUCAUCAUGGUGAAAUAAAGAAAAUGUAGGAAUUAUUAUGAUUUUUUUGUGCAUUUAUCCGGAAGGACCUGGGAGCAUUUGACUGACAGAAACCACUCUACACGGCAUGAGAAUUUACUAUCGUUUUUGCUCACUACUUUCCCCUUGAAUUUACAAUCAUGUUAAGAAAACGACAAGGAAAAAGACGAUAAAUAUGACUUUUAUUUUCUGCAUUACCUCACUCUUAAUUUACUUAUUUUUGCUGCCAUUUGAUAAGUAUAUAAAACAGCCACAGAGACAUCCUGUUCUACUCAUUUAACCAACAACACUAAGACGGGAUCCUGUAUCUCCGUCCUUUUUUCCCCGCCUCUUCUCUAAAGGCUCGUCCUCGAUUUUCUCCUCAUAGCGCUUCUUCUUCUUCUUCUUCUUCUUCUUCUUCAAAAAAAAACCCAUCAUGAAACAUUCCUGCAAAUGAACGCUCAUCGAAAACCAUUAGCCGAUUUAAAAGCGGGAAAACACAGCUACAUUUCGGGAAGCUCAUCAUCCCUCCUGGCCAAUCAGAGAAGGGUUUAGUGAAGAAUUAGAAAUUGGAGACGCAGAGAUCGAACAGAACAGGAGUCUGAUAUUUAUACUCAACAUUCUUAAAGACACCAUGAUUUGUCAUUUUUAAAUCCGUCAUUAUUACUCUGGGAUUGUUUCGGGUCCGCGGAGUUUGUAUGUUUCUCCAUAUACUCUCACUUUGUUGCUAUUAUUGGUUCCAAAGAUUUUUAUUCUGAAAUAAGCAAACAUUUUUUAUUUUGGUCCUGAUGUAUUUCCUAGUUUUGUUUGUGUUUCUUUGUGCCUAUUAUUUUGUUAUAUAUAUAGUUUUAAGUACAGCACCCUGGGAAAUGUCAUGUUAGCAGCAGCAGGUGCAGGAUUUGGGACUUUUGACCCACAAAAACAAAUUCGGACCACUCAUUUAUUGCCUAGACAAGGGAAAUCAGAGCAGAUGGAGUCAUGAGGGAUAUGCAGAAAGACAGAUAUUAUGGAUUGUGUUUUUGCCGUAAGGGCCAAAUUACGGCGAAAUAAAUCGUCCAAAAACGUCCAGAAAAAGAGGAAAGAGCCUAGGGUUAUUGUGAAGGUGAGAGCCAUUAAUCAUCAGCUGACAGGACAACAAACGUCCCCUGCUGUCUAUUGGUUUUUUUUAUUUCAUUGCGAGGAGUUUUUUUGUAUGAUUGUGUGCAGUAGGUCCAAUGAGUAUUUUCGACGAGCAUUACCUCUUGUUCUUUUUUGGGUCUUUUAUUAUUCCUUACAAGUAUUAUCAGAAGUGUUGCUAUGCAUGCUUUUGUGAGAGAGGAAGUCAGAAUCCUGUUUUCAUUAUGUGCAUGAAUUCAAAAUCAUAGUGCUGGAGGAGAGGAGGACGGGGGGGGGGGUGUUUACAGAGCAAGAGGAGGAUGUUGAUGCGAGGAGUAAAAGGUCCAGGGAGGAAAGGAAGUUGAUUUGCUUCAAUACUCCGGGUUACGGCUGCUCUGUGCCUCGGUUUGUAAUCACCAGUUUAAUUUGGGAGGUGCGGACCCCCCGUGGUUCUCUUUUAUACCGACAGUAAAAUCACCUAAUGAUCAUUUGGCUUUGAGAUGAAAAGAAGACGCUGGUGAAACAAAGCUAGCGCCACCUUUCUGGUGCAUCGAGCAGCCACUGUGGUGCAGGAAUGAGUCCUAAAACCAGGAAUGAGUUAGCAUUUUAACACGGGUUCCCUCUUAUCAAACUCAAUUAGAAUUUAUUUUUGCUUAGACGCCUAAAAUAAGGUCUGGUUAACACAAACUGAAUAUGUUUUCAUCAUUUGUUCAACACGUAGCUAAAAAAGACGACUAAGCAACAUCGGGCUGAACGUUAGCCACCUUUAGCUUAGCGGUGGUGACGUGAAGUCAUGUAAUUCCUUUAUAGCCUCACGUUGGCUUACAAAACUCUCACGUAUUGUUCUUCUACAUCAAAUAUGUCAGUAAAUACCCCACGAGUAAAUAUCCAAAGCUUUUAGGUGUUCUAAAAACAUCAGUUGCUAGCAAGUGGCAAAGAAAAACAACAUUAGCCGCCAUUAGCUUAGCGGUGUCAUGCAACCGUGUUCACUUAUAGCCUAGCGUUAGCUUUUUGCUACAUUUCAAAAAUCAUAAAAUUGGCGGUAUAAUACGGAUAUUAUCAUGCUGAACAAAGCAUCAUAGAAAAGGUGUUUGCCACUGAUUUUAAUGUCUGCAAUAUUUCAAAAGCUAAUAAAAAAUCCCAUUGGCUUUUUGUCGAGGGAGCCCUUGCGAUGCUAACUCUUAACGGUAGUAAAUCUGAUUUGCUGCAGAGGUGCAUGCUGGGACAAAGUUCUCCUCUGACCCUCGAGUCGAACAGUGGGAGGUGUUUUUGUACAGGGAUUUCAUAAAUGACUUUGAACUGCAUGUGGAUUUUUUUUUUGUAAUGUCACAUGCUCUUAAAAGCUCAUUUAUCCAAGUGAUUAUUUUUUUUAAAUAAGUGACAUGUAUGUUCAUUUUGCCAUCCUUGUGUCUGCCUUCUGUUUAUUCUCUCCAUUAUUAUUGAAUGUAUAUAAUAAAUAAACUGUUUGGUUUUUAAAUUGG